AUGACGGCCCCGACGCCCGACGCGUCGCCAGUGCCGGUGCAGCAGGCGCACCCGCUGCCCGCGCCCGAGCAGCUGCAGCAGAUGCACCAGGUGCAGCAGAUGCAGCAGGUGUCCGCGAUGAUGGCCAUGGCCGCGGCUUCCGCCGGCACAGCGCCCGACCUCGGCGGCCUCUGCGGCGUGAUGACCUCGCCGGCCGGCGGCUCCCUGCCAGGUAUCGGCGCGCCGGGCAUGGCGCCAGGCUACAGCCCCUUCGAUCUCGACCAGGUGGCCUUCGCCUCGAUGUUCGCGCAGAUGCUGCAGGCGCAGGGCGGCGCCUGCGGCGCCUGCGACCCUGGCGCCCUCUCGGCGGCGGGCAUGCCAGUGCAGCCGCCAGCCCCCGCCAUGUUUCCGCCGCUGGUGCCCUCCCUCGCGGCGGCGACUGUCCCCCCGACGCCCACGGUCUCAGUAUCUGUAGAGGGCAUGAAGUACCAGUACCAGCUCACCGAGGACGACCUCCAGAAGGUCUUCAGCCGGUACGGUGCCGUCGCGAAGAUCGCCGUGGACGAGGCGGGCACGUCGGCGCUGAUCACGUUCCAGGAGUUCCACAACGCCCAGUCCGCCAUGGCCGACCUGCACGGCAAGGUGCUGAACGGCCUCGAG